AUGGAUCAAGUGCGGUGUGCCGUUGGGGCCGCUGGCGACUGCAAACAGAUUUCUCUAUCCACCGAUCACCGUAUAUGGAUCAAAAUAGACAGUUUAGCGAUUCAACAUGUGAUAAACCUUUGGAGAUGGCCUGAAAUCUUGUUCCGAGGUACUCCGUACCAUGUGAUACGUACUGUACGAGUAAGCCUCCCCGGUCCCAGGCUCCCGACGUCCCCCCGAGAGAUGCAAGAAAGAAACAGAGUGGACUCCCAGUGGCGCCCUUGCUCCCCACGCGUUCCCCGCUACCUCCGCACCGCCGCCGCGCUCGCCGCGGCCGUCCAGACCCUAAUCAACGCGCCCCCGCCGCGGCCCGAGUCGCAGAGCCUCCACGCGCAGCUCCUCACCUCGGGGCUCCGCCCCACCGCCGACCUCUCCGUCAAGAUCCUCAUCCUGCACCUGCGAUGCGGCUCCCACCGCAACGCCCGCGCGGUCUUCGACGGAAUGCCGGCGCCGACCCACGCCGCGCACAAAUACCUCGUCGCCGGGUACUUCCGCCUGGGCCUCCCGGGAGAGGCGCUGGGGGUCGUGCGGCGGCUCGCGGGGGUCACGGGCCGGCUGGACGUGUUCGCGCUCUCCAUGGCGCUCAAGCUCUCCGGGGCGCUGGCGCUGCCCCGCGCCGCGCGGGAGGCCCACGCGCGCGCCGUCAGGACCGUCCUCCAGUUCGACGACAUCCUCUUCGCCGCGCUGGUGGACGCCUACGUCAAGACCGCCUCGCUGGGCUACGCGCGCCGGGUGCACGGCAUGAUGCCGGCGCCCAGCGUGGUGUCCUCCACGGCGCUCAUCGUCGGGUGCAUGAACGAGGGGCUGUACAGGGACGCCGAGGCCAUAUUCGACGGGACACGCGACAAGGAUGUCGUCGUGUACAACGCGAUGGUCGAGGGGUACAGCAGGACGGAGGAGACCGCCGAGAGCUCGCUCGAGGUGUUCAAGGCGAUGCAACGCGAAAGGUUCCGGCCAACGGUCUCGACUUGCGUGAGCGUGCUUGGCGCGUGCUCGCUCUUGUCCUCGCCGGAGCUCGGCGAGCAGGUGCACUGCCAUGCCAUCAAGAGCAACGUCGUCUCCGACAUCAAGACCGGCAGCGCACUGCUCGACAUGUACGCCAAGUGCGGCCAGGUCGAGGACGGCAGGAGGGUGUUCGACGGCAUGGCAGAGAGGAACGUCGUCACGUGGACGUCGAUGAUCGACGGAUACGGGAAGAACGGCCUCUCCGACGAGGCUCUUGAGCUGUUCGACGAGAUGCGGCAGCAGCGGGUCGUCAGGCCAAACCACGCCACGUUCCUGAGCGCCCUGUCGGCGUGCGCGCGCGCCGGGCUGCUGGCACAGGGCCAGGAGGUGUUCCAGAGCAUGGAGCGCGAGUACUCGCUCAAGCCACGGAUGGAGCACUACGCGUGCAUGGUGGACCUGCUGGGCAGGUUCGGAAGCGUGCGCCAGGCGUACGAUUUCGUCAGAGGGAUACCGGCGCGGCCAAACUCCGACGUGUGGGCGGCGCUGCUCGGGGCGGCCACCCUGCACGACGACGUGGACAUUGCCAAUAUCGCGGCAAAAGAGGUGUUCGAGUUGAGCCGCGCCAGUAGGCCGGGCGCCUACAUGGCGUUCUCCAACACUCUGGCAGCAGCCGGAAAAUGGGACGGCGUGCACGAUGUUAGAGAGAUGAUGAAACGCCGCGGGGUGCUGAAAGACGCAGCCUGCAGCUGGGUUGGGUCUGAGAACAGUUCACCUGCCGACUGA